GGAGCCCGCAGCCGCAGCCGGCCUUGUCGCAGGAAGCGAGCAGCGAGGGACUGAUCCGGCGUCCGCGGGCUCCUCCUGGCCAAGCGAUCCUUGGAGACGUCCUCCGGGAAAGCCCGCUAAGGGCAGCGGCCCGAGGGGCGGCCCCAGGGCGUGGGCUGCCGGCGGGCUGCGCUCCCCCGCGUCCGCCCGCGGGAUAUUUAUAGCCGGCCGAGGAGGCGACUGUCUCGCGUGGCGCCGGAGCCGCGCAGGGAAGGAGAAAGGCCGGUCGUGGAGGGCAGCGUGCCUGCGCAGGACGCGGGGCUGAAGGGUCUGAGGAUGGCCAAAGACUUCCGCUACUACUUCCAGCAUCCGUGGUCCCGCUUGAUAGUGGCCUACCUGGUGAUCUUCUGUAACUUCUUGAUAUUUGCCGAGGAUCCCGUCUCUCACAGCCAAACCGAAGCAAAUGUCAUUGUCGUGGGGAACUGCUUUUCUUUUGUAGCAAACAAAUACCCCGAGGGAGGAGGCUGGAGGUUUAUAAAAGUGUUCCUGUGGCUGCUUGCCAUCCUUACCGGACUGAUAGCGGGCAAGUUCUUCUUCCAUCAACGCUUGUUUGGCCAAUUACUCCGAUUGAAAAUGUUCCGAGAGGACCACGGGUCUUGGAUGACAAUGUUCUUCAGCACCAUCCUCUUCCUCUUUAUUUUUUCUCACAUAUACAAUCUGUGUCUCCUUAUGGCAGGUUACAUGAGGCCAUACGUGGUAACAGACUUCAUGGGCAUCAGGAACGAAAGUUUUAUGAAGGUAGCAGCCGUGGGGACCUGGAUGGGAGACUUUGUCACAGCUUGGAUGGUCACAGAUAUGAUGCUUCAGGACAAGCCUUAUCCAGACUGGGGGAAGUCUGCCAGAGCUUUCUGGAAAAGAGGGAACAUCAGGAUCAUUUUAUUCUGGACAGUUCUGUUUACUUUGACCUCAGUGGUUGUGCUCAUCAUCACAACUGACUGGAUCAGCUGGGACAAGUUGAACCGUGGAUUCCUGCCAAGUGACGAGGUUUCGCGGGCCUUCUUGGCUUCCUUCAUCUUAGUGUUUGACCUUCUGAUUGUCAUGCAGGACUGGGAGUUUCCACAUUUUAUGGGUGAUGUUGAUGUCAAUCUACCUGGCUUGCCUGCUGCGCACUUUCAGUUUAGAUUGCCUUAUUUCAAGAAGAUUUUAAAGGAGGAGUAUCACAUACGUAUAACAGGCAAGUGGUUUAACUAUGGAAUCAUAUUCCUUGUUUUGAUCUUGGAUCUGAACAUGUGGAAGAAUCAGAUAUUUUACAAGCCCCAUGAAUAUGGUCAAUAUAUUGGUCCUGGGCAGAAGAUUUACACAGUAGAAGACUCAGAAAGCUUGAAGGACCUCAACAGAACCAAACUGUCUUGGGAAUGGAGGUCAAACAACACUAACCCUUUGACCAACAGGACCUACGCCGAAGGUGACAUGUUUCUGCAUAGCCGGUACAUUGGUGCGAGCCUAGAUGUCAAAUGUCUGGCCUUCAUUCCAUGUCUACUGGCUUUCGCACUGUUUGGCUUCUUCAUCUGGUUCUUUGGGCGAUUUCAGAAAACCGACCAAGGCAUGGAAAACCUUGACAAAUCGUACACACGCAUGAAAAGGAAAUCGCCAUCCGAUGUGGCGAUGACGCGAGAGAACACCCAGGUUUUAGCAGAGGAGCCCUUAAGCUGUGAAGAUCCACAUUUUAUAUCCAUCAAGUCAGACUUGAGCGAGAUCGUCUUUAAUUCUUCCCUCCUGACAUCAGAAAACCUUAGCGCACAUUUAAGUGAACAGCCAAGCCCCCUGCAACCGAUAAGAGAGCCUCCCGUACCUAAGAAUAACUCUUUAACCUAAUAACAUCUCUUUUGGAAAGAGCGAAAUAAGCAAUUGUGGUCAGAUUUCAUUGUUAACUUUUUUGUAAAGUGACAGUUUACGUAGUCUAAAGAACAAGAGAUACAACCUAUACCCCAACGGUGCUCAACAUGCUUUUUUUCUAUGGCUUUGUUUUCUACUUGUAUUAUAAUGACUUGUGCCUAUUGUAUUAUAUCAAACAUUCCUUUAUAGAUUGCUUCUUUCAAAAGUGCAAUAGUGUACUAGAUGACAACCUGCAGGUUUAAAAUGCUGCUUUGGUGGUGCCUUGAAACUUAAAAUGGUCCUUCUGACUCCAGCAUGGGGAAGAGAACUGAAGCUGUCCUUUGCAACUAUUUUGAAAGGGCACUUCGGUUUAUAGAACUUGGCUAGAGAAUGUGUCGUCCACUAGCUGAACAUGGUAAGUCUCACUCCAGAACAUCCUCCUCUGCCCCUUCUAAGACUUGGAUGAUAGUAGACUCUGUGGGGCAGCAAAGGAAUCCCUCUGUUUGCAGACUGGUGUGGGAAACUGUUGAGAAUCUGCUACAUCCUACAGACCGUCCAAUGCGGUUAGCCAAUGCUGUGCACUCCAGAUAAUAUGAACUACAAUUCCAUUCCUCCCUUGCCACUGGCAUGCUGACUAUGGGUGAUGGGAAUUGGAGUCCACGACAUCUGGAGGGUAGUGGUCUACAUGGUCUACCCACAAUUUGGAACCUCACUUGAUGAGUGUUGUCAACAACGCAGGCCUGAUGUCAACGGUCAAUGUAUUUGUGAAAGGGUUCCUCAUAAGCAACGGCAAUGAAAGCCCGGCUUUUAUUUAUGGAUGCAUAGAGGCAAUGACUUCAACAGCUGGACUUCAAAGAAGCAUGUUGAUUCCCUUUUAAUUUUGCUGGCUAGCUUCCAGAGACAAACGCCGAUUCAUAACAUCAGACUGAUAAUGUAGCAUGGGUCACUGCUUAGGGACAUGUGACUUUCUCCACAAGUAAUUGCAGUUAGGUGAUAAUACCUAAUUACGUUUUCCAUAAUUAGAGAUGAAUUGCCACUCGAUUAAAAAUCCUGCCCUUCUCCUUUAGGAGUAAAAGGUUAAAAUGCAGUGUUAGUGGGACAAGUCAGGAUCUUUGCCAAAACCAAAGCAAUGCCAAAGAACCAAUAUUGGGAAUGCGCUUAAAGCUAUCAGGGGGCAGCAUUUGCAGUGUUGAUGAACUCCGAUGUAAACAUGCACUGGGGCAAGCAUGGGCAGAAAGUAACUCAGCAUCAGCUGGUAGAUCUCAGGGUGAGUUGCAGUAGGUCGGCAAGAGUUCAUCAUUCUCAAAAAGACUUCCCAGCUCCUAAAAUCAGGUUGCUGAAAUAUAAAAAACUUGGGGAGAUGGGGAACCAGGGAUUGACUGGUGUGUGAAAGGACUGUGAAAGCUAUUCCGGUCCUGAACACAAAUCCUUGGGUUGAAAAGGUGCUUAAUAUUAAGUAUAUAGAAGCCCAACCCUCAUCCCCUGGUGCCAUCGUUUUGCAUCCAGCUCUGGUUGGUGGAUCUCAAAGUCCAAGCAGAAAACAAAAUAGAUCCAUCAAGCCUGAUAUCUGGCUGCCCCUGCAUUUGGGUCUACCAGCAGGCAACUUGGGCAAUGCCACCAAGGGAAUAGACUUUGUUGGCUGGUUGUGGUACGAGGACUGAAUGCAUGAAAUAGAAUAGCAAAUUCUGUGUUGUUUUGUUACUCUGAGGAAUUAACACUGUGUCCGCUAAUAAAAAAGAAAACUGAGAAACAAAA